UGUUCUUCGCGCGAGUCAUGUGACCGUUGGAAUUCUCAUAAAAGUAUUUGGCUUUUAGGUCUGCGAGAAUCCGGAAAGAGGGCUUUGGGAUCGAUCGAUCGAGAGGGUUUUCUCUGCUAGCACAGGCAUCCGGAUCCAGCGAUGUGUUUCGUGGGCAAGGCGUGCAAGCUCAUCUAUUGCCUUCUCAUCCUCGUGAUCGUGGUGGUGGCGGUGAUGGGCGUCCAUUGGGCGAGGCACUGGGCGGAUCACGUCAAGCACACCUGCGUCGAUGGAUACUCUCUCUCCGGCAAAUGCGUUCCAGCGCCGCCCCCCGCCGCUCCUCCCGCCGCGCUCGUCAAUUCCACAUUGUCCAUCCGCCGCGGCCUCCGAUAGCUAGGGUUUAUGCGAUUGCUUACUGUUUGAUCUGUUGCUGGCUGGCCAUUCCGCGCCGGAAGUUCUAGUUCCCGACGUAAUCUAUCGGCAAAUCUUAGCCGUCUAAAUUUGAAAAUUCCAAAGCCAAUCAAAAUUAGGUCUAUUUUUUCUUUUCCUUGGUCACUGUUUCUUCGCUUGAGAGAAAUGGGACGAUGCCGCCAGGGCGGAUCGAUCGGGCAGGGCUCCUGGUACUGGAUCCGGGACAAGAAGAGCCGCGGCGCCGGCGAUUCCAGCGGAUUGGUAGUGAUGAUGGCGUGGAUGUUUAGCAACAAGAGGUAUCAUAUGCCCUACGUCCAUCUCUUCAACGAAAUUGGCUGGGAAUGCCUCGUUUGUCAAGCGCAUUUCCUCAAUCUAUGGUUUCCCACCCGAGCUCUUGCAAUUGCUGUGAAGAUUUUGGACGAGCUUGUAGAGGAGCUUAGCAAAAGGCCCAGGCCAGUAACUUUUACUUCGUUUUCUGGAGGCAUGAAAGCUUGCACAUAUAUGAUCAUCCAGAUUCUACAAGGAAAACGUCCACAAGGUUUCACGGGCGAUAUGGAAAAGUACAAGAUUGUGAGAGAUUGCACAGCAGGCUACAUAUUCGAUUCCACUCCUAUCAACUUUGUGAGUGAGACUGGGAUUCGCUUCGCCAGGCGAAUGCUUGGGACCAGUGUGGGGAACAACUUCGCGGUGAAGUUUGGCCUGGAGAAGAGCGGCCGAGCUCUCGAGUCUAUGUUUAGCUCCAAUUUCGAGCAACAGGGAGUCGAGCUAAAUGACUCGUUCUACGCCGCCGUGGAAAUGGCACCGGCUUUGUUCUUGUGCUCAAGAAAUGACGAUUUAGCUCCAUUCGACGUUAUCGAAAAAUUUGUCUCGGAAGUGCAAGGCCAAACUUUCAAGAAGGUGACUUUAGUUCACUGGGAAGAGUCUGAUCACGUUGCACAUUUGCGACACCACACCGAAGAUUACAAACGAGCUGUAUCAAAGUUUCUCUGCGAGGUUUCUGGUGGUUCGAUGGAACAAACCAAAGGAUUAAUGGCCCAAGAACAAAUAGAAGAAGUCAAGCAACACCACCUAGAAGAACGGACUGUGAAGAAGCUUGAGGACGUUGCAAGCAUGAUCGUAGAAGACGUUUUUGAUCUGCAGCACGACUUUAAAGAUGACAGUGCAGUCAAAAAGAGGAUCAUAUUAACGUUUCCUGCUAUGCGAUCAAGGCUCUAAAAGAAUUAAUCAUCCAAGCUAAAUGAUAUUUUACAUUGUAUAUAAUCAAAGACUUAACAGUUCCUUAUGACCAA